AUGGCUCAAUCCGGCCUCUUUGGUCCAUUCGUCAGUCUGUUAUUUGUUCUGAGUUGUUGGACUCGAAUUUCGGCUGGCGCUACCCUUUCGUUGGAGGAAAAAUUGCAACAAUUAGAAACGACACUGCAAGCGACAGUCAAUCAACUACAAGAAAAAGUCGUCCAGCUGGAAGAAAAAGUGGCUCAGGUUCAGGCCACAAAUGUUCAACUGGAAGUCCAAAUCCAACAAAAUGUACCUAAUCGCAUUUUUAUAUUUCGCACUUCUUCCUCUGUCGGAAAGGCAAUGAAUUUGACGACGGGGAAAUUCACAGUCCCGCGAUCCGGAACUUAUUUUUUCUCUUUCACGGCGCUGGCGAGUUUCCCACCAUCCGUUCCCGAAGUGUUUUGCCUAGCCUAUCUGUAUUGGAAUGGCGUUAAAACCGGGAGUGGUGGGGUCGAAGAGGCAAACACUGCCUACCUUCAAUCAAGUCCGUUUAGCGUACAUUCGACGCUGAAAUUGAAAUCGGGCGAUGAAAUUUGGAUCCAGAUUAAUGAAAUGUCAGACGAGACGAUACUGUAUAACGACGCUGGCGACUUAUUGACUCAAUUCACUGGGUGGAUGUUGGACGAGGAGAUUGUCGCCUCUCUUUGA